AUGGCGGCCGGUACCGCCGGCCCCGGGGCGGCGCCUGGGGAUGCUGGUGCGGGCUGGGGCGCGCAGCUGGCGCAGAGCGCCAGCGGCUGCGGGGAUGACGGGGCGCAGGCCGACUGCGCGUACGUGUUUGUUCUGUUUGGAGCAAGGUGCGAGCAGUAUUUUCUUGGCAUCGUCUCUGUCGUCCGGUCUCUUCUUAAACACCUCUGCGUGCACCAGCGCGUGCUCAUGCACACGCGAGACGUACCGCGGUCGGUCCUCGACCUCGCUGUAAGCCUGGGUGUAUUCGACGAGAUCAUCCCCACAGAUUACAUCGAGGCUUCGGAGUUGUUCUUCAACAAUCCUCAGGCGCACCAGCGUUUCGGCAAGAUCUUCACAAAGUAUAGGGUGCUGGGCUUGGAUUGGCGCUUCAAGAAGGUAUUGCUGUUAGAUUCUGACCUGCAUGUACGCUCCAACCUCGAUCACCUCUUCGAGUUGGACGCCCCCGCGGCGAUGCAGAGGGGACCGAAUAAGCCGCCCAUGCGAACGCUGCUCCCGGCCCGUGCACCGAUUAACGCUGGCGUAGUGCUGCUGCAGCCAGACUCGCGCGUCCUCGACACGUUGUUGCGGGAGAUCACUGGGCCCAACCCGCGGCGCUUGCCAGGCUACAACUCUCCAGACGCGGAUUAUUUGACAGAGCACCCGAUCUAUGCCGGCAAGUGGACGUCCAUCCCGCUCGAAUACAAUUUCCAGUUGGAGUUCGAUGCCCUGGACCCGAAGGCGGGCACUGUUCGCUUUUCCUCCCUGCGGGAGGCACACUUUUCCGAGGAUGGCGCCGCCAUGCCUUGGGAGAACGUCCAGGUCGUGCACUUCAGCGGCAUGAAGCCCUGGGCGGCCUUGUUGGACGACACCUCGCCGCUGCUACGCGGCUUGCGCACCGUCGGCAGCAACGACGCCGGGCUGCAGGCCAAGUUGGCCGCGGGCAUCCACGAGUACGCCCGCGAGGUCGCCACUCUGCAGGGCCUGUGCUCCCAGCUGGGUCUGGGGGAGGGCGUCGUCUGGCGCGAGGUGCGCGCUGAGCGGGCCCAGCUGCCGAAGAGGCCGGAGCAGGCGCGCAUGCGCCUGCACGCCCUGUUGCCCCUGGGCGGGCGCUGGUUCGAGGGGCAGCGGGCAGCGACCGCUGUCUGGAUCCCGCCCGGCGCGGGCCUGGCUAUGCCGGGCGCGCUCCACGACAGGUGCAAGCCAGUGGCCGUGUAUCUGGAGGUAGCCGGCUCGGCGGGGCCGAUCGCGGUCGGCAAUAAGGUGCUGGCCAAGGUGGACGGGACGGAGCAGCAGUUCGAGGUGACGGCCAUCAAAGAUGGCGUCGCGGGUCUGCGCCGGAAGGUCGUUCUGUCCCCCGAGUGGGAGCGCGCGGAGGCACCCCCGAGCGAGGAGACGCCCCAAGGCCGCCCGUACUAUUACAACACGCGUAGUCAGUUGUGCCAGUGGGAGUUCCCAAACCUGCCGCGCAGCUGGCAGUGUGUGAACGACCCGGCUACUGGGGAUCAGUACUAUUAUAAGGUGGGCAGUCAGCAGCCCGCGCAGUGGGACCCGCCCGAGUUCGAGGAAUUGGAGCUCCGCCUGGACGAGCUGCGGGCGGAGAGUGUUGCGGCUGACCGCGUGACUUGCUCGGACGUCACCAUAUGGAGGCGGUCUUUCCUGGAGGAGGAGGACAAGGAGGCGCUGAAGGCGAUGUGCGAAGCGCUGGAGAUCGCCAGGCGAGGCGGAUGA